GAAGCCCAUAUCUGUCCCACACAGGCACUCACUGCCUGGCUGCUUGAGUCUAAGCUAACAUCAGGCUACCUUUUCCCAAAAGUGGCAUCUGGUGACCGCAUAGCAGAGGCAAACAGCCCUAUGUCCUCAGAACAGUUCUUGGAACUCUUUUGGAACAACCUUCUCGACAUAAAUAUUGACCCUGCUCCCUACAGCACCCACUCAUUUCGUCAAGGAGGCUGCUAA